AGAUGAGCAUGGGAAAUGACCGUCGAGGUGCUGAUUUUCAGCGUCAAGGUGUUGAUUUUGGAGGCAGGCGGGGGGAAUAUGAAGGUAGUGCAGAUUUUGGAGAAAGGAGAGAAGAGUAUCAGCGUCGAGGUGCUGAAUUUCAGCGUCGAGGUGCUGAUUUUGAAAGAGGAAGGGGGGAUUAUGACGACGAACUCAGAUAUAAUCGUUGGAGGGACGAUCGGGACACUUGGGAAGCACCUCCGCCUCGAGGAACGGGAGGAUUUGGAGGAUACCGAGGGUACGGAGGAGAUCCCAAGGUGAGGAAACUGAAGAUGCCCAUCUUUGAGGGCGAGGAUGGUCACGGCUGGAUCUACAAGGUGGAAAG